GAGCGCAAAUUUAUUGGGCCUAAUAAGUUAAUAAAUUCUACCCGAGCGCAUCAGUCGGUGUGCUGAGCUGUAGUCAACCAGGAGCACCUACUGAUUUUGGAACCAUUCAUAAUGUCCAAAGUGGUUGUGGCUCUGGCAUUUUUGCUGAUUUACACCGAUUUAGGAGCUUGCAAAAAUGUUCCUCAUAUAGAAGCAAAUCUUGGGGCUGUAGCUGGAGCAAAAUGCCAAGACUUUCUCCUAGUUGCCGGCGGGUCUGAUCAAGUGUUUAAAGCUAUUUUUGGCAUCCCAAGGAAAUGCCCUCAGACGCCGUUAACGGAAACGUUCUGGGAGAUCAAGACCUGCGAGACUGACGCGGACUGCUGGCCAAGAGUUUGCUGCCCGGAUGGAGAUAAAAGAUAUUGCCGCACUUCACAGCCACUCUUUGAAAAAUCGGACAAUGCUGCAGCGAGACAGUUAGCAUAUCCUAUUGAAGCGGUUUCCCAGUACCUUCAAUGUACACCAGCGCCACCAGUAAUAUUCGACAUUCACCCAAAAGCCUGCAACACAACGCUUGACUGCUUCCUAAUUUAUGUUGCCAAGAGUUUGGAAAAAGAAAUUGCAGACCACCCAAAAGAUCACUGCUAACUUUUGUAACAGGAUUGACAUCCGAGAUCGGGAUGAGUCUUCAUACGUACCAAACUUGUGGACCCGCUCGAACGGAACAGCCGUCACGAGAACAAGACUUGCUGCCAGG